AUGACUUCGAACAAAACCAUCGCAUUCAUCGGUGCUAGCACCGGAGUUGGCCUGUCGGCACUCAAACACGCCGUCGCUGCUGGCUACCAAUGUACAGCACUCUGUCGAGUGCCCUCAAAGCUCUCCUCUAUUUUCCCAUCAGAGUCAACACCCAACCUGAAAAUCGUCGAGGGAAAUGCGCGCGAUAUCAAAGUUGUCACGCAGUGCCUGGACGCAGGAAACGGGAAACUAGUCGACUUCAUCGUUUCCACCAUCGGCAGUCGACCAGUAUGGGUUAAAUGGAAAAUGAGCAUCGAAGACCCCACCGUUUGUCAAAACGCCAUGGCGAAUGUCCUCGAGGCCCUUGCUCAGCUUCGAAAUGCGGGCCUCACUGGCAAUCCGCACAUCAUCCCGUUCAGCACCACUGGAAUGUCGAAAUAUGGUCGCGAUUACCCCAUCGUGUUGGCAUUUUUCUACCUUGUGCUUCUCCAGGUGCCCCACAAGGACAAGCAAGUCAUGGAAGAAAAGCUCAUCGAGAGUGGUGAAUCGUAUACGAUCGUUCGGGGAAGUCUCUUGACUGAUGGCGAGACUACCAGGACGGUUCGGGUUGGCAUUGAGGACCAUAAGACUGGUCGGGAGUCAGAGGCUAUCGGAUAUACCAUCACCAGGGAAGAUGCAGGAAAAUGGGUUCUAGAAAACCUUGUUUCCCAGCGGAAUGAAAAGUAUCAAAACAAGAUCCUGAUGAUCACGACUUGA